AUGGUUCUCGAAACCUCUUGGGAAGAUGGUAACUCGAAUGUCUCACGAGUCUUCGCGAAAGACAUCAAAUCUCACAUCCGCACCCGAGAACUUACCACAGCGAUCCACCAGUUCAAGGCGACUACGUUCUCAUUUAAGACGACAAACUCAAAAGAGGCACUUAGCCGCUUCAAAAUUGAUGCAAAGGAUUCUACUGCGGACCGCUCUGCAGCCGGCGAUACACAUGACAGGAAGAACACUCCGACUACUUCACAUCCCAUGAUCACACGAUCCAAAGCACGAAGACUUUCUGUCCAAAAUUUACUCCUCUCCAUGAUGAUUAUGCUGCUACCGUAUGUGACUUCAACAAGUAAUCGAUGCCCUGAAAGAACUAACGACCAAACGAAAGGUUCUUUACGCAACCCCUGCGUAACAAAUGAAGUAGCAAUAGCGACAUAUACAGAACAAGAGCAAACAUACUUGUGCUGGUUUCCAGUAACAUGCCCAAACGGCAAAAUUCGGGCUACAUUCCCCCUUCAAUCGGUUCACAGCUCUGCGACUCACGAAUUUCUAAAUUUCAUUCCGACCGACGUCUGUUCCUUCAGCAAAUCCGGCAACUGUAGCUCGAGGAAGAAAAUUGGCACUUUCAACCAGAUCGAGUUAUUUGGCAACAGUGUCCUACUAGUGCCAAGACUCCAGAUAACAAUCAAGGACUAUCUCAAUUCCAGUGACUCCAUGUGUAUUAACGCAGGAGGAGAGCGAGUUUCCACCGCACCACCAUUUCAAGGAACAUCUGUCUUCUGCGAAAACCAUUCAUGCAGCGACCAUGUCAGCAAGUUCUGCAUAUACGAUACUUCCACAGCACUACAUGACUUCAGCAAUACGAAGUCUUCCACUAUUCUCAGCGGACUAUAA